AUGACUAUCAAGUUCAAUGUCGAGGUGCCGUGUGAGGACCUGAAGGCGCCUGAGAUAGGCCAUGGAGGAUAUGAAGGACUCCGCCCACGCAACGAAACACUCCUAAAGGGCAGCGUGACUGCUCCUGGACGAAGAGUUCUUUCUUGUGACAUCCUCGUGGAACACGAUGUUGCCAUCACCAUGAGAGACGGCUGCAAGCUUUAUGCCGACAUUUAUCGACCUCCAAAUGCCCCGGAGAGAUCCGUUCCCGCAAUUCUCUGCUGGAGUCCAUUCGGCAAGAAAUUCAACGGCAUUGACUCAUUGAAGCUCAUGACACCUUGGAACCUCGGUAUCCCCGAGGGUACAUUGAGUGGACUGGAGAAGUUUGAAGCUCCUGAUCCUGCCGAAUGGGUCGAUCGCGGCUAUGCCAUCAUCAACGUUGACUCCCGUGGAGCCUUUGAUUCCGAAGGAGUGAUGGCCAUCAUGGGAACGCAGGAAGCCGAAGAUGGAUACGACACUAUCGAAUGGCUCGCAAAGCUUCCCUGGUGCAACGGCAGUGUCGGUAUGGCUGGUAACUCCCACUUGGCGAUCAUCAUGUGGUUUGUCGCAGCCUUGCAGCCCCCAUCGCUAAAGGCCAUUGCUCCCUGGGAGGGCUGUGGUGAUUUGUACCGGGAGCAAUUCGCCCGUGGUGGUAUUUAUGGCGGAGAUUUGUUCGACCACCUUAUUAUUAAGUAUAUGUUGCGCGGUCACAACGGUAUGGAGAGUUUCAAGAAGAUGUUCCAGCAGCAUCCUCUGGCGAACGACUGGUGGAAUGAUAAGCGACCCGACAUGAAGAAGAUCAACAUUCCCACGUAUAUCACUGGCACGUACACCAACACCAUGCACGGUAUGGGAGCUAUUCGGGGCUGGCUCGAGGUCAACUCGCCGGACAAGUGGCUGCGCUGGCACCCGUACCAGGAGUGGUAUGAUCUCUGGGGCAACCAGGAGGGACGAGUGGAGCUGUUGAACUUCUUCGAUCGGUACUUGAAGGGUAUCGAGAACGACUGGGAGUCAACACCACGAGUGCGCAUGUCUGUCUUGAGAUAUGGCGAGAAGGAGCCAAUUACAAACGUGGUUGAAGAAGACUUCCCACUCCCUCGCACAAACUACCGUAAGGCAUACCUUACUGCCGACGGAGCUUUGAGCCUGGAUCAGCCUGCACCAACUUCUGGAUCAGUUUCAUACAACUCGGAAGACUCAAAAGACCUGGCAACGUUCACAUACAAAUUCACCGAGCGAACACAAAUCGUCGGUAUGCCCAAGGCCGUGCUCUGGAUGAGCAACGACGAUUUCGACGAUAUGGACGUGUUCAUCGUUCUGAACAAGAUUUCAGCCUCUGGAGAGCGCUUGCUCAACCUCAACAUCCCUUGGACCAACCUCCCCGUCAAGAAGAUUGCCGAUAUCCCCGCGGAUAAGCGCACCGAGGUCAUCCUGUACCAAGGUCCCACGGGUAUCAUGCGUGCAUCCAACCGGGCUAUUGACACCUCACGCUCGAUGCAUGAAAACUGGCCCUACUACACGCACGAAAAGGAAGAAAAGGUCGAGCCGGGCACUGUGGUGCGUCUCGAGAUUGGUAUCUGGUGCAUGGGUAUCGAGUUCGAGGAGGGCGAGAGUCUGCAGCUUGGUAUUAGUGGACAUUACCAAGGAAUCUCAAACUUUGGAACCAGCGAGCAUAUCCGCAACAAGGGUCGUCACUGGGUCCAUGCUGGAGGAGAGUAUGAUAGUCACCUGGUCUUGCCCUUUGUGUAA